AUGGCUCUGUCGCUGAGCGUGACGCUGCUCAGUGGUUCGAGCGUGCACCUGUCUCUGAGCCCGACGUCAACGGUCGAUGAGCUUCGACAGGAGGCCCAGCGAGGAUUGGGCUGCCACCUGAGCCACUUGAUCGACGGCUCUGGAAACUGCUUGCCUGGAGGACUUCAGAUUGAACUGGCCGGUCUUGUGGAUGGGGACACAGUCGGCGCUAUUGUCCGCCACGCAGAGCUAUCCUCCACUCACACAGCUUUUGCGCUGUUGAGGUGCGAUGGCUCUGUCGUGACAUGGGGCAGUGCAUACCAGGGUGGUGAUAGUGUGGCCUUCCAGUCGAAGCUCAAGGACGUCACGAACAUUUAUUCUUCUGAUUAUGCCUUCGCUGCAGUGCGCGGUGACGGAUCGGUCGUGACCUGGGGUAAUCCGGGCGCAGGUGGUGACAGCUCCUCCGUCCAGGGCGUGCUUAAGAAUGUCCGACACAUCCAAGCAUCGAGUCACGCGUUCGCCGCCACUCUGGCAGACGGCUCCGUUGUGACGUGGGGCAAUGGGCGGUGCGGUGGCGACAGCAGCUCUGUGCAGGGGAAGCUGGUUGGGGUGCAGCGCAUCUGGGCAUCCAAGCUGGCCUUUGCCGCCCUCACCAGCGAGUCUCUGGUCACCUGGGGCAGUUUCGAUGCAGGCGGGGACUGCAGCGCCGCCGCAGCGGAGCUGGCGCAAGGCGUACGGCAGGUCGCCGCUUCUGAGCUCGCCUUCGGGGCCGUGCUCCUGGAUGGCUCGGUGGUGACAUGGGGCGAUAGUGACUAUGGUGGAGACAGCAGCGCCGUGCGGCACCAGCUGCAGUCGGUUCGGGAGCUGCGGGCAUCGCAAGGCGCCUUUGCUGCCCUCCGUUCGGACGGUUCCGUGGUCACCUGGGGCAAGGAGAGCUACGGGGCGCACAGCGGCACCGUCCAGGAGCAGCUGAAAGAUGUCCUGGAUGUGCAGGCGUCAGAGUCGGCUUUUGCGGCCAUCCUUGCCGAUGGCUCCGUGGUCGCUUGGGGGAACGAGCGUGCGGGAGGCAACUGCUCGUCAGUGCAACACCUGCUGGUGGACACGCAGGAGCUCUGCGCCUCCUUGGGUGCCUUCGCCGCGCGGCGCCGCGACGGCUCCGUGGUCAGCUGGGGCAAUGCUCUCUUCGGUGGCGACAGCAGCGCUGUGCAGGCCUCCUUACGCGACGUGCGUCGGCUCCACGCCUCGGGCCACGCCUUCGCGGCGAUGCGGGAAGAUGGCUCGGUGGUGACCUGGGGGAAUGCGGCCUAUGGUGGUGACAGCGGUGCGGUGAAAUCUGCACUGCGCUCUGUCGCCUGA